AUGCAAAAUAUCAUUACCCAAGUUCCAGAAAAUAACUCAACAACAACAACUGGAAAUCCUCUCACGUCAUCAGAUCAGAAUACAAGUUUUUAUGAUAAUGAUUCCAACGAUAAGGAAAAUGGUGAUUCUUUGAUUCACCUAAACAUUCAAGAAAACCAUUACUUUAUAACGAGAGACCAAUUAAUGUCGUUGCCAGAAUCGUUAUUAUUGUGUCUUUUCCCCUCUGGUGUAUUCUUGGACCGUUCUGGUCAAGUUAUUUCCAAUUUAUCACCUGAUGAUGAAGUUUACAUUGUCAAUUUCCCACCAGAUUGUUUUGAAUACAUAAUGGAAGUUUAUACAAAGGCCCAGGAUGAUCUUUUAAAUUAUCCGGUUGAAAAAUAUUUCGAUAAGGCCUCCAAUCAUAAAUUGAUAAAUUCUGCCAAAGGCUUUUUCGGUUUUGGUAGUUCCAAUUCGUUAUCCAACGUUAAUUCAAAUACUAGUUCUGGAACCGCCGCAUCGACCACUACUACUAGUGAACAUGACUUGUUACAUCAGAAACCUGCCAUUAUUGUUCUGAGGGAAGAUUUAGAUUAUUAUUGUGUGCCACAGGAAACAUUUCAAUUUGCCAAAAACGAAUCCUUUGAAAAUAAUGAUGAUUUGUUACAUUAUUUUAUGGCUCAAGUUAAGAUUGCUGCCGGCAGUUAUCUUACGAAGAAGACGUCCAUUUUUGAAGGUUUAUUUUCAUCAAAUCGUUUAAAGGAUUCGCAUAGGAAAACGUCUCAAAGGAACAAUGGCAAAAAUUCUCAUAAAUCAAGAAGGCAAAAAUUAGGUCCUGCAGAACAACAUUUAAUGGAUAUGUUAUGUUCUUCUGGUUUUGGAGAUAGAUCCAUUUGGGGUAACAGAACUCAAGAAUCGGGUAAGACAGUGAUAAGUUCUUUAGCACUGUGUCGAUUAGCCAACGAGAGUACCCAAGAAUUUAGGGACAUGUACCAUCGCGCUAAAACUAAAUGGGAGUUAGAACAUAACGUUAAUCAGGAUCAAAUUGAUGAUGUAUCAUCAGUGUCACUACAAAAUAAUAAUACAACUAACAGCAUUGUACCUUCUAGAAGUUCAACAAGCGUGAAUAUUGCCAGUAAUAGUAAUAGUAGUAGUAAACAAUCUGGCCCCAGAGAAAGUAGAAAGAAAAACAGGCUGGCCACUUUGGCAGAUAAUGUUCGUUCUCAUUCCACUUCAAGAAAUAGCUCAUUGACGAGAUUGAGGAGUAGUAAAUCAUUGGAGUUACCAAAAUUGUAUGACUUAGUACCCAAGCCAGAUAUAAAUGCAAAAUUAUUAUUAUUUUGGAGGAAACCCGCCAGGAAAUGUUGGUGGGGUGAAGAAGAUAUUGAAGUAGAAAUUGAAAUAUAUGGUCAUUGGGUGGACCAAGAAAAGAAGAUUAUAAAGCUACAACUACCCCAUGAGGAUAAAGAUAUUGAACAACAAUUGAACAAGAUUAGAAUCCCGGUCAGAUUACACAUUCGUCGGGUAUGGACGUUAGAGUUGAGUGUCGUCGGUGUGCAAUAG